UUCCUGAAAUCACACUGUGUGGGUGUCUUCCAUCUGUCCGACAUACCCUAGGCUUGACUCUAAUACUUCUAGGUCAAAGAAGGAUCAGAUCCUCUAAUCAUUUAGGAAAGUGAUGAGGAAGUGACACUUUAGUGACAUCACUCUUACAAAAAGGCAGUUACCCAGACCGAUUUGCCAUUGUGAAGCUGAGACGCCGUGAAAUGAGGUGCGGUUCGUAUUGUAACCUAGAGAAGAAAAGAAAGGAACUUGUCUUUGAUCUCAGGCAUUUGGAGGGAAACCUUCCUGGACUGGAAUUGAGAAUGGCCCAACCCAAGCUCUUACACUUCAUGCUCCUUUGUCUCUUGUAUAUGGCUCAUGCAGGCCUUAGCUCAGGAGAGACCAAGGUGACCAGAGCAGUGAAGGAAGCUGUGACCUUUCCGUGUAACUAUGAGAUUCCUGAGAAGGAAAGAACAUAUUAUCGAGUCUACUGGCAACAUGACACGAAAGUGGUACAAGCCUACGUACCUGGGAGAAGGGGUGAAGAUCUCAUAGACCUUUCAUAUGUGAACAGGACUGUGAUGGAGAUGGCCAAUAACCUCUCGGUCACGAUCUUUCCUCUGCAAGUGCCUGAUGAGGGCACCUAUGAGUGUAUAGUUCAGAGGCUGGUAGGAGGACAAUACAAACGUGUCCACAAACAGGACGUGCAACUGUCCAUUAGCGCUGACUUCCCAGAACCUACUACGGAGGUGUAUGAAGAAACUGGUUACUGGAGGAUGACUUGUUCAUCUAGGCAAGGUUAUCCACAGCCUAAGCUCUCCUGGGUGAAUAAUGGGAAAGUACUAACUUCUGUCAACACCAGCAUUUUCCAAGAUCCAGUCACUAAGUUGUAUGAUAUUCAAAGUGAACUGCAUAUCAAUCAAACAACAAUUCCCUUUUAUAUGCUCAAUCGAUUAUGGGAUUCUCGUGUAUCAGCAAAUGUCACCUUACCUAAAGGACCAGACUCUUGGAGCGGAGCACUCAUCAUUGCCGCUACACUGCCGAGCAUCUUUUUCUUAAUAGCCAUGAUUCUUCUAGUAUACCAAUGUUUUUAUAAACAUUCAGAAGGUGGCCUCUAUUCUCCCCCACAAGAGCUCACUUCAGUAACCACAACAGAAGAGGGAAAUGGCACGGAGUCUCCAGUAGCCCAUGUUAAUUCAGCUACAACGUCAUCUGGCAGGGCAGCCAGUGUGUGAAGGAUUUUCAAUCUAGAGCUGGAAGGAACCUAAGGAGCUAUUCACUCCAGCCCCUUCAUUUUCCAGAGUAGGAAUCUGAAACCCAGGGAGGUUAAAUAACUUGCCCAAGGCUACAUAAGGAGGAAAUAUUGGACAAAGAGUAUGAAUUCUGUUCCUUUGAUGCUGGGUCCAGGGCUCUUUCCACUAUCCUCCUCUGCGUCUCUUUACUGAAGUUACCAAUUAUUUUGACUCCUUUCUACUGGCUUUCUAGGAUUCUUUCACCCAAACUACAAUUGGACACCAACUCUAAGCCAGACAUGAUGCUAGAUAUUAAGAAUACAAAGACAAAAAAUGAAAGAAUCCAUACUCUCAAGGUACUUACACUAUAUGAGGAGCCAACAUGUACAUGUAUAAGUAUAUGCAAAAUAGAGAUGGAAAAUACUAUUCCUAUUACAUGUGGACAUUUUAUUUGCUGACAAGGAGUUAUAGGAAAUGACAGUUGGUGAGAAAAGCAGCAUCAAGCAGUUAUAAGGAUGGGAGAAAAAAUAGUCCUUUAGAAAAAUGUUCAGGGUCAAGAGCAAUGAUUAAUAUAAAGCUGAUUGCAACACAUGGUUGUCCAUCAAUUCAUUUACAUUUGAUUGCUUUCAAGGUUUGGAAGACUAUAGUGGAAAAUCUAAAUGUCCAAAACUGUUUGGGGGAUUAUGGGAAAACUGUCCACCAUCUACUAGUGAUACCUGAUUAUGACCAUCGGUGGGUCUCUCCAUAUGAGGAGUCCCUGAUUCAAAAUACUGGAAGCCUGAGAGGAGAAGAGAAGCAGAGAACUGAAGAAAGCCUGAAGAGAGAGAAUGAUAACAGAGACAAAAGCAGAGUAAAGACUGGCAGCCAUCUCCUUCCCCCUUAAAAAAAAAAGAGAGAGAAUUUAAAGAGAAGAGAGUCAGUUUGGGGAUGAGUCAGCUGGGAGUGCUGACUAAAAUAGAUAGGAUGUAUAAUUAAUUCAGGAAGCUCAUUGGAGUAGAGCUUUAUAACCGAAAGAAGCUGAUGGAAGAAGGAAAGCAGAAGCUUCCUGCUCUGUAAAGAGCUGGCUGGGUUUGUAUGCUGUGCUCUUUAGCACCAGCUAGUCUUUCAGAGCUGAUUUAAGCUAAAAGGCAAGCCAAGACCUGGAUGAAAGUUCUGAGGUGGCCGAGAGCUCAAUGGAGAAAAUUGAAUCCUGCAGGCCAGACAUGUCUUAAUUGCACCAACUAUAACUUGAGCAUAACCUUGGGCAGACUUGGAGGGAUUGUAGAGAUGGAAGAGGCUGGCACACUAUUAUCCAUGGGCCUGAAGAGUCAGAUAACCGAACAAUUGAACAGCAGCAGCUUGACAUAGGAGAAACCCCUCAAGCGAGCCCAGUGCAUUACUCUCCGUUGCCUGAUCUGGUUUUUUGUUUGUUUGUUUGUUUGUUUUUUGUUUUUUUAACCCUUAUGUCAAUACUGUGUAUUGGCUCCAAAGCAGAAGAGUGGUAAGGGCUAGGCAAUGGGGGUCAAGUGACUUGUCCAGGGUCAUAUAGCUGGAAAGUGUCUGAGGCCAGAUUUGAACCUAGGACCUCCCAUCUCUAGGCCUGGCUCUCAAUCCACAGAGCUACCCAGCUGCCCCCUCUCUCGGUUAUAAGAUUAAUGCAUAUUUAAGGCAGGUGAUUCUUGAUGCCAAGUCUAGUGUACUUGACACUAUGCUAUCUACCUCACUGAGGAUGUUGUGAGGACCAAUCCUGACAAAAUACAUGGAAGUGUUAGACAGCUGGGUGACUCAGUGGGUAUAUAAAAAUGGAGAUUUGAACCCUGGACUUCAAUCCCCAGAAGUCCUUGCUCUAGCUCCCAAGAUGCCCUCUAAUCUCACUGAGAUCCCCACCUGGGCGAGAUCAAAAUUUCUAUUUAAACUGGCUGUAAAGCCUACUGAUCUCUCUCUUCCUGCUUCCGCUUCCAAAGACAUGCUCAAGAUGUAGUGUAAGUGAAUGGGCCUUUCGGCCCUCCUAGGCACUAGUGCUUUCUUAUUUUGUAUUUUCUUUAUUUCUUAAUCUUUAGUAAACCUCUAAAAAUAUAAUACUUUAGCAGAGAAGCUAAUUUUAACUGUUACAGGUAGAGAGCCAGGUCUAGAGAAGGGAGGCCCUGGGUUCAAAUGUGACCUCAGAUGCUUCCCAGCUGUGUGACCCUAAGCAAGUCACUUAACCUCCAUUGCCUAGCCAUUAUCACGCUUUUGCCUUGCAAUGAAUAUGCAGUAUUCAUUCUAAAACUGGGGUAAGGAUUUUAAAAAAUACAUGCAAGUGUUUUGAAAAUGCAAAGCUGUUGUCAUACUCUAAAUUAUUGUUAAUGUUAUAUUUGAAGAUGACACUGUUGACUCUAUCAUCAACCAUGCUGAAGCUCCCAGAAUCGGCAGCACUGAACCAUUUUCAGAGAUGGUGACUCUGGACGUGACUUCUGCCAUUUGGGCAAUAGCUGUCCUUAUUUUGAACUUGCGGAGGAUCACAGAAAAGUAAAACCUCUUUUUGUACAAAAAAAAAAAACAAGGAAAAGAAACCACAUUAACCCUAGCAAAUGUAUCUUAAAGCUCAGAAUUAAAAGUCUUUAAACUUUAAAAAUUAAAAGGCUUUAAUACUUUUUUGAGUUAAGAUAGGACUAAAGUUUCCCAUCUGCAAAAUGAGGAAGAAAAAAUAUAGUUGCCUUAUAUUGUUAAUGGACAUUAGAAAAUAAUUAGUAGGGAUAGAGCUUUAAGCACUGGGUUGUGAUAAAUACAAGACAGGUACAAUUUUAGCAAGCUGUCAGCUCAUUUUUUAGGCCUGUGGAAUGAUGAUGAUGAUUGACAAAAAAGGAAUCUUCAAAAUCACAGACCAAGUUAUUCUGAGCAAUAACUUUUCUAAUCUUGAUUUAUAAAAUAUAGUUUUGGUUCAAUGAGCUGGGCUGUUCAUCCCAAGCUGAUACAGCUUUGGACUCCAAUCCAAAAUGUAGUCACAAUUUGACCAAAGGAACAUCUUGCUUUCCCCUUUUUUUUCCCAUCCUUAUUUGGAUAGCAUUUGGAUCCUAUACUGCCACCCUAUGGUUAGUAGUUAAAAUUUCCACAGUGGCUAUAGCCUUCACUUCCCAUUCUCAUCCCUUCUGUCUAGGGUUGGUACUUUUUUUUCUUUUAUUGGCCCACUCUCCUAAUGAUAAUGUUCCUGUCUACAAAUCUGGUCCUCACUCAUUUUAAUGACCACAUCCACCAGGAAAGGAAAGGCUGCACUAGAGUGCUUGUUUUGCCUUCUUAUUUUGCUCAAAGAAAAGAAAAUAAGGUCAGGAAGAGUACUGGAAAGGAAUAGUAGAUAUCUGGUUUUAAAAGAAAUUCACAAUCUUGAGGAAGUGAGGCAAGUCAAAGGAUUAAAAUUUUAAUAGAAGAGCACAUCUAGAUGCAAUUCUUAAUUCUUAGGCUACAUGUGAUACAUGUAUCUACAUGUAAUCUAUAUGUUCAUAUCAAACAUUGAAACAUCUGCAAACAUUGGAAAAUAAAAACAUGGAAAUAAAAAAGAAAUAAAAUAAAUAAAAAAAUAAAAACAUGGA